AUGGCUGCCAAAGAUUAUCCAUCACUGUGGAGCUUUGGAACAACAAAAACAUUCAAAAUCCCCGUUGAACACUUGGAUUUCAAGUAUAUUGAAAAAUGUUCAGAUGUUAAACACUUGGAAAAAAUUCUCUGUGUGCUUAGGUCUGGCGAGGAAGGGUAUUAUCCUGAACUUACAGAAUUUUGUGAAAAGCGCCUUACAGGAUUGGCUCCUAAAAGUAGAGCUUUGAGGAAAGAUAAACCUGCAGCAACAGCGUCCAGUUUCACAGCAGGAGAAUGGGAAAAAAUUGAUGGUGAUAUAAAGAGUUGGGUGUCAGAAAUUAAAAAAGAAGAAAAUAAAAUACAGUCUCAUGAAACUGGAACAUUUCCAGAAAAGGAAGAAAAUCUGCCUCCAGUUCGUGGUCCCAGCACCUGUCCUCAUGUUGCCAAAGAAAAAUGUUCUAAAAGUAAACCAGCUAAAAAGAAAAUUCCAAGGGAUUAUGCAGAGUGGGAUAAAUUUGAUGUGGAAAAGGAAUGUUCAAAAAUUGAUGAAGAUGACAAAGGAAAAACUCUAGUAAACAACAAGUCUCAUUUAUCCAAAAUUGAAACAAGAAUAGACACAGCAGGUCUAACUGAGAAGGAAAAAGAUUUUCUUGCUACACGUGAAAAGGAAAAAGGAAAUGAAGCUUUCAACUCAGGAGAUUAUGAAGAAGCUGUGAAAUACUACACAAGGAGCCUAUCAGUGCUUCCCACUGUAGUGGCCUAUAAUAAUCGAGCUCAAGCAGAACUCAAACUACAGAACUGGAACAGUGCUUUUCAGGAUUGUGAAAAGGUCUUGGAGUUAGAACCUGGAAACGUAAAGGCUCUUUUGCGUCGUGCCACGACAUAUAAACAUCAAAACAAGCUUCAGGAAGCAAUAGAAGAUUUGAGUAAAGUACUGGAUAUUGAACCUGAUAAUGAGUUGGCCAAAAAAACCUUGUCAGAGGUUGAAAGAGAUCUGAAAAAUUCUGCACCUGCGUCUAAGACUCAAACCAAGGGGAAAAGGAUGGUUAUUCAGGAAGUAGAAAACUCAGAAGAUGAAAAUGGAAAGGAGAGUGAAAGAAAACGUGAUGAUGGCAGUGGAGAUAAGAAGGCCGCGGAGCCGGCGGGAGUCGCGCGCGCCGCGGAGCCGCGCGCCAUGGGCAACAUCCAGAAGAAGCUGACGGGCAAAAGCGAGGCUGGCAAGCGGUCGGAGAAGGGCGCGCCGCGGCGGGGUCGCACGCCAGGGGCCGGCGCGGACAAGCGGGGCGGCCCGCGGGCCCCGGCGGCGGCGCCCGGUGCCAACGGGCAUCCGGGCGGCCGGAGGGGCGCCCGGGACUCCUUCGCGGCCGCCACGUCCCCUGGGCCGCCGCCCGCCCCCACCGACCCGGUCGGCCCCUCCGGCCUGAAGAGUCAGGGUAACGAGCUGUUCAAAACCGGGCAGUUCGCCGAGGCGGCGCUCAAGUACUCGGCGGCGAUAGCGCAGCUCGAGCCGGCAGGAAGUGGAAGUGCAGAUGAUCUAAGUAUCUUAUAUUCAAAUAGAGCAGCAUGUUACCUAAAGGAAGGAAACUGCAGCGGCUGCAUUCAAGACUGUGACAGGGCUCUGGAACUUCAUCCAUUCUCAAUUAAACCUCUUCUUCGACGAGCAAUGGCCUAUGAAACUUUAGAGCAGUAUCAGAAAGCCUAUGUGGAUUAUAAAACAGUGUUGCAAAUAGACUGUGGAAUCCAGAUAGCAAAUGACAGUGUUAACAGGAUAACAAGAAUUUUAAUGGAUCUGGAUGGACCCAGCUGGCGGGAGAAGCUGUCACCCAUACCCUCUGUGCCCACCUCUGCGCAGCUGCGAACGUGGCGGCCGGCCGCAGAGACGCCCCCAGCCCAAGUGCAAGAUUCCAGCAGCUGUCGCCCACCGGGCAUCACAGAUGAAAAUAUGUUUCAGACUCUUAAAGAAGAAGGAAAUCAGUGUGUAAAAGACAAAAACUAUAAAGAUGCUCUUAGUAAAUACAGCGAAUGCUUAAAUAUUAACAAUAAGGAGUGUGCCAUUUAUACAAACAGAGCCCUCUGUUACUUGAAGCUGUGCCAGUUUGAAGAGGCAAAACAGGACUGUGAUCAGGCGCUUCAGAUAGAUAACGGGAACGUGAAAGCGUACUAUAGACGAGCUCUUGCUCAUAAAGGACUCAAGGAUUAUGAGAAAAGUUUAAAUGAUCUCAAUAAAGUUCUCCUACUAGACUCAAAUAUUGUUGAGGCAAAGAUGGAACUGGAAGAGGUAACCAGAUUCCUUAAUGUGAAGGAUAAAACAGCAUCAUUCAACAAAGAAAAGGAGAGAAGGAAAAUUGAGAUUCAAGAGGUAAGCGAAGGCCAUGACGGGCCGGCAGGGCCCUCCGAGGAGGGGAGCGCCGGCUACGGUGCUUCAGAGCAGGGCACCCGCCGCGGCCCACCGGGCUGCCGUGCAAGACUGCCCAUCACCAAGCCCAGCAAUGCCUAUGAAUUUGGUCAGGUCAUCAACGCUAUCAGCACCAGGAAAGAUGCAGAAGCCUGUGCACACCUUUUAGCCAUCACGGAACCGAAAGAUUUGCCAACGUUGUUGAGUAACAAACUGGAAGGGGAUAUGUUCUUCCUCCUCAUUCAGUCUCUGAAAAAUGAUCUUAUUGAUAAAGAUCCCUCAUUGGUAUAUCAACAUCUUUUAUAUCUGAGUAAAGCAGAGAGGUUUAAGAUGAUGUUGACACUAAUUAGCAAGGGCCAAAAGGAGCAACUUGAACAGCUUUUUGGUGACCUCGCAGAUACCCCAAACAAGCAUUUUACUUUAGAAGAUGUACAAGCCCUGAAAAGGCAGUAUGAGCUAUAAAUCACAAACAUAGUCUGGUUUCUUCCAUGCAUAUGUGCGCUCCCGUAAGGCUGGUGAGAUGGUAUUGUAAUGUAGUUGCACAGAUAAAACCUUGUUUAGAAAAGAUCCCUGGGUCUGGACUAUAAAUAUUUUACUUAUUUUUUAUACACAGAACAUGUAUAUUCUACAGUCUGCUUUUUAUUAGUUGUAAAUAUUUUCUUAUGUACCAGAGUUAACAUCUUAUAUUUAAUAAGUAUUUUUGGAACUUCUU